GAAAGAUGGAUGGAGGAGAGGGUCUGCUGGGAGAAUAGGAGAGGGGCAUUGCUGGAAAGGAGGAAUUGUCAAAGGACCCCAGGGAGGGGUGCUGGAGAAAGGAUAACAGAGAUCUUCCUAGGAAAGAUAAUCUGGAGGAAGAGGGUAUCUUUCAGGAGCAGCAAGCAAGGAUCUCAACUAUGUCUCUGUCCUCUUAGGUGACAAUGUCUUUGCUGUGGAUUAUGUGGAGGGACUAGACCCCCAGGGUCUAGGCCAGCUGUGGGGCAGGAGGCAGCCAUGAGGCUAAGCCCUUGAAGCCCCUGUGACUCCCCCUCUGUCUCCCAGAACUCUCCUACCCUGGUCCUCUCUAGCUCCAGCCUAGCCCCCAUUACAGCUGCAGCAGAUGGCUCAGUUGGAAGCUUCCCCUGGCCUGCAGCAGCAGGGGAUGACCAUGCCCAUGGCUGGAGCCCCUGAUGCUCUGGAGGAGCACGUGGAACUAUGGUGGUCUCAGGAGCCCCGGCGUGCUGCUCUCUGUUUCUCUGUGGCUGUGGCACUCGUGGCUGGCUGUGGAGCUGGAGGGGUGGCCCUGCUCUACUCCACCAGCAGCCGCUCUGGUGAGUGGCGCCUCGCCAUGGGCACUGUGCUCUGCCUGUUGGCCCUGCUGGUGCUGGUGAAGCAGCUGCUGGGCUCAGCCGUGCAGGACAUGAACUGUAUCAGGCAGCCCCAACACGUGGCCCUAUUGCGCAGUGGGGGAGGAGCAGACAGUCUCGUGGUCCUGGUCAGUGGCCUGGUGCUGCUGGUCAGUGGCCUAGUGCUGGCUGGCCUAGCUGCUUCCCCCGCCACUGGUCCUGGCCCCAGCCCCAGCCCAGCCAGACCCCUGGCCACCAUGCUAACUGCGGGCAUUGUCCUGAGUGUGGUGGGGGCUCUUCUGCUAUUGGGACUGCUGCUGUACCAAGCGGGCAUGGGAGGCCGCUGCCUCCUGCCUGCCACAACUAUGGGCUCAGGUCGAGGCCGGGGACUAGGAAGCAGCAGCAUCUUCAGCAUCUCCGGACGGCUUCCAACCACACCCAGCAUCGCCAACCUCCUCUGACUGACCUCGGAGCAGCUGCCUUUCCUUUGACUUUCACUGGUGACCUCUAGGUCCAACGACCAGCCUUUGGCCUCCCACCUCCAUCAGGGGCCACCUUCACCGCUUGUCUCUGCCCUUGAGCCUCCACCUUCUUCCAUCCAUCUCUGACCUCCAGGAUUUGCCUCCUCACCUGAACUCCCAUCUCCAGGACUCCCCUGAGGCCCCCAUCUCUGUCCUCCCAUUUCCCAUCAUCACUAACAGGUCUGGCUCACAUGUUAGUCCUGCUUGGGCAGUUAGAAGUUAUCUGGAAUCAGAAACCCUUUACCUGUCCUGCAGACCAUUUCUCCAUCCUUCUUGGGGAUCCCAAAACCUCCCACCUUCCAACAACCCCCGAAAAGCCGACAAACAGAAAAUCCUCCAUCCCAAGUCGGAGACUCUUUCAGAGCCCAUUAAAUGAGAAUAUUUGAGAAGCCCUUAGCACAGGACUUGGCACAAAAGGACUUAAUAAAUUCUUACUAUUCCUCCA